AUGUCUGAUCCUGCGUCAGCGCAUCAGAUCAUUUUGCCAGAGAGGCCGCCUCGCCUUCCUUCUCCGACUACUCCUGGUCUCCCUCCGAUGCCAUCUGUCCUUGGUGGACUGCCACAGAGUGCUGGAUGCCCCGAUGGAUCGCUGGACACGACGCCACGCAGACCUCUGAGCCAUUUGCCCGCUUCUGGUCACUCCUCCGUGAUGACAACGCGGUCUGGUAGUCUUCACCCUGCUCCUGCUCCACGUCGCCACAUCUCUGCCGCUGCUGUUCCCUCUGGUCCUCCUCUGCUGAGAAGUGGUUCCCUGUGCCAGAUGCUCUCCAUCAUCUCUGCCAGGACGUCUGCCUCCUCUCGCAUCUGCAAUGAUGUCUUCGCUUCCCGCUCCCGGACUUCGCCUCCUUCGGAAACGCUCACUGCACCGCUCGUGCCUCUUACUUCGGCUCCAUCCUUACCUUCUCCUGGCUCCAUCCCUGCUACCAGUGCCCCUUCUUCAGAUUCCCCAGUGUGUCACCACACAAGAUCACGUGCUGCUGCUGGACACUCCUGCUCGCACACUUCUCCGACCAAGUCUCCUGUUGCUGCUGACACGCUGGUUGCUCGAUCUGCCACAUCUACUUCUCCUUCGGGUAGUCCUACAGUUCGUUCGCCGUCCUCUGCGAUCUCUGCUGAUGAAACUCCUAGUGCUUCCUCCUCUCCUGUUCCUGCUCCUGCAACUUCUGGCGACAGAGCGUCUCUCCUGCUUUCCGACGAAUCUGCUUCUAGGCGGGGGUCUCCUUCACGCCCGGAUUCUGGUAUUUCUCCUAUUGCUGCUGUGCCCGCGUCUCCUGGUGUCUCCACUUGCUCUUCUCCGGUUGACUGUCCGACGUGUGGUAAGUCGUUCCUCAACAAGAGACAGCUAUGCUUUCACCGCUUCCGCCGUCAUCGCCUUGCUCCUCCUCCCUCCUCUCCUGGUGCUGCUGACUUCUCUUCCACUGGCCAUCCGCAGCUCCCGUCUACUUCUCUUCAAGCCUCACCGCCUCCUUCCAAUGCUCCAUCUUCAGGCGCUCCUAUUCCUUCUACUACGUGCCGCGAGGGUACCACGCUCCAUCUCGUCUUUCCUGUAAGCGAUGUCUUCACGUGCACAGAGCCCAAUUGCAGCCUCCUGUUCCGCUCCAACUCCUGGUCCUGCAUGAAGAGAUCCCUCACCAGACACCUUCUCCAGGAACAUCUGACCCCCAUUUCUUCAUGCAUGAAAUGGUGCAGCCUUUGCAACUCCCGGCUUGCCAACAAGGUUUCUGUCCAUGCCUGUUUCCGCACCUCGCCUCCCGUCAUCUCCACUGGUGCCUCUUUCCGCUGGAAGUGUACAGUUUGUCCGUUCUCGUGUCCUUCCCGGAAAGGGUUAUUCAACCACUCCGAAUUCCACCGGCGUGCUGAGAGGAACUCUUCUAUUGACCACAACAUUCAUCUUCCUGCUCCUGUGCCUCAGCGACAGCGCCGUAGACAGCCGCACCCUCCACCUGGUGCCUCUUCUUCACCCGCUGACGUGUCCUCCAGAUCUCCGGCUACGUCCGCUCCAGCUCCUCCUGUGACUUCUUUGGACGCUCCUUCUUCACCUGCUCCAGUCCCAUCUCCUUGCUCUUCCGAUUCGUCUCCCGCUGUAUCGGCCUCUCACUCGCUGCCACCUUCUCCUCCCGACGUCUCCAGGGCUACUCCUGAUGCUCCUCGUUCAGGGCUUCUUCAUCCCUCUUCGGCCGCUCAUCCUGCUCCUGUGUCGACUUCUGCCUCACCUGCUGCCUCCUCCUCCCGUGCUGUUGUUCCCCCUGAUUGCCUCGUCUCUGCAUCUCCUCCCUCCUCUUCGUCACCUGCUGAUGACACACAAUCUUCUGCCGUCUUCCCCACUUCCGAGUUUCCUGAUGUCGACCUUCAUGAGGUUGUCCCCGUUGUGGCCGCUGAUGACCCUGCUCGUAUUCCUCCUGCAGACGAAAUUCCGGUCACAGAGCCUCCUCUCCUGAACUUCUGGGAUUCCCUGCAUAGCUUUUUUUCUGGGACUACUGACGAUGAUGCUUGGGACUCCUUUGAGGCCUGCCUUCUGAACGUCACGGAGUCUGCCUCAGAAAUUGUCAAGCUCCCUCCUCCUUCUCCUCCUGUGCCUGGUUCUCCGCGCCCGGUCAACACCUCUAAUCCUCGGGUCAUUCAACGUUUAUACCGGAGAAAUCGUCGCAGAGCCAUCCGUCUCCUUUCCUCUGACAGCUCUCCUCCUUGCUCCAUUCCUGCAGAAGAGAUCGCCCUCGAAUUCUCCUCAAGGUACUCCGCCAGAGACUUGACUCAUCUAUCUUCACUACCUGUAUCCCGGAACGUCCUCCUCUCGAUUUGUCUCCUUUCUCUCCUGCCGAGGUUCUUGCCAAGCUUCGCUCCUGUGAGAACUCUGCGCCCGGCCCUGACCGCCUCUCGUAUGCCCACUGGCGAGAGGCUGAUCCAGACUGCAAGAUCUUGA